CUUGAAUAUUCGAAGAUAGAUACACAAAUAUGUCUCUAUCAAUGUCACCAGCAAACUUUUCUCAAAAAUUCUCACAAACUAGAAAGCCAAGUAGAAGAGCUAAAAUCCGGUGUUCACCUUCGGUUCUCACUUUCCCCAAACACAACUUUCAGACACCCACUCUUCCCAAACACGACACCUGUCCUCCCGCCGCCCCGCAGUGGAACUUUCUACAGAGAGCUGCCGCUAAAACCCUCGACUUCUUCGAAAGCGCGUUGGUCUCACGCGAGCUCCACCACACGCUUCCCAAAACCGCCGACCCACGUAUCCAAAUUGCGGGAAACUUCGCCCCCGUGCCGGAGCAGCCCGUAUGCCACAACCUCCACGUCACCGGCACCAUCCCAGAUUGCCUUAACGGCGUUUAUGUCAGAAACGGCGCCAACCCUCUCCACGAGCCUGUCGCCGGCCACCACCUCUUCGACGGAGACGGCAUGAUCCACGCCGUCACAUUUAGCGGCGACAAUUCCGCCAGCUACGCCUGCCGGUUCACGGAAACACAGAGGCUGAUCCAAGAACGUGAUUUGGGCCGACCCGUUUUCCCGAAAGCCAUCGGAGAGCUCCACGGCCAUUCCGGCAUAGCCCGGCUUCUCCUAUUCUACACACGUGGCCUAUGCGGGUUGGUGGAUCACAGCAAAGGAACAGGUGUCGCCAACGCCGGGUUAGUAUAUUUCAAUCAAAGACUCCUAGCCAUGUCGGAAGAUGAUCUCCCUUACCAAGUCCGGCUAACUCCCUCCGGCGAUCUCGAAACAGUCGGCCGAUACGAUUUCGAAGAGCAAUUGAGCAGCACCAUGAUCGCCCACCCGAAAAUCGACCCUGUUUCGAAGGAGCUUUUCGCUCUGAGCUACGACGUCGUUCAGAAGCCAUACCUCAAGUACUUCAAAUUUUCCGGCGAUGGGAAAAAAUCCCCCGACGUGGAAAUACCCCUGGAUUCGCCGACCAUGAUGCACGAUUUCGCGAUCACGGAGAACUUCGUGGUGAUUCCCGACCAGCAAGUGGUGUUCAAGCUUCAAGAAAUGGUGAAAGGUGGCUCCCCGAUGGUGUACGACAAAAACAAGAAAUCCAGGUUCGGAAUUCUGUCGAAAAAUGCGGAAAAUGCAGAGGAUAUUAUAUGGGUUGAUUGUCCGGAUACUUUCUGUUUCCAUUUAUGGAACGCUUGGGAGGAGCCGGAGACCGAUGAAGUUGUCGUCAUCGGUUCAUGCAUGACGCCACCGGACUCCAUUUUCAACGAGAGCAACGAAAACUUAAAAAGCGUUUUAUCAGAAAUCCGGCUCAACUUAAAAACCGGCCGGUCGAAGAAGCGGUCCAUUAUCCAGUCGUCGUCGGAGGAGGAAAUCAAUUUAGAAGCCGGUAUGGUAAACAGGAACCGGCUGGGCCGGAAAACAAGAUACGCAUAUCUAGCAAUAGCAGAGCCGUGGCCUAAAGUUUCUGGGUUUGCGAAAGUGGACCUCUCCACCGGAGAAGUUGAGGAAUUCAUCUACGGCGACCGUAGAUACGGCGGCGAGCCGUUUUUUGUUCCGAGUGACUCAACUUCCGAUGGAGAAGGAGAAGAUGCUGGGUAUAUUCUGUCUUACGUCCACGACGAGAACACGUGGAAAUCUGAGCUGCUGGUAGUGAAUGCGACGUCGUUAAAGCUGGAAGCUUCCGUUGAACUUCCGUCAAGAGUGCCGUAUGGAUUUCACGGCACGUUUAUAAGCGCAACCGACUUGGAAAAUCAGGCCUGAGUAGUAUUUGCACUACAUGAGUGAAACAUCACUCUGUAUUUAUGUGCAUAUAUACAUAAAUCAAAAAAAAAAAAAACGGAGGAGGGGGUUUGCCAGCGGGAUUCUUUUAUUUAGAGCUUCGUCCCCGGACUCUCCUCUAUUUCUUAUUUUAGUUCCUUUUCUUUUUUUCAACACUAGCUAGUUGUGUUUUUCAGGAGCCAAGCUUUUUGCUUUAGAUGUACUGUCAAUGAAGCUCAGCUGGUUUCUGUUUCAAAUCAUAAUUCUACACUUGUUUGCU